UUACAAAUUGGAUUGUUAUCCAAAACGAAAAUGUUCUCUCUUUUUGUUUUCAAUUUCAAUGGCGAUUUCUCUCCCCACCUCCUAUGUCUCUCCCCCUGAGUCGUGUUUCUCCUUUUCAUCCUCGUCGAAGCUGUUUUCUCAUUCAUCCCUGCGCUUACCGUCUCAGAUUCGCCGCUUCGGAAUCCGUCACGAAAGAGUGAACUCGCCGUCGUCGUCUCGCUGCGCCCGCCUCACUAUGCAGGUUAGAGCAAAGAAGCAAACCUUCAACUCUUUUGAUGAUUUAUUGCUCAACUCUGACAAACCUUUACUUGUAGACUUUUAUGCCACAUGGUGUGGUCCAUGCCAGCUUAUGGUACCUAUACUCAAUGAAGUGAGUGAAACUCUGAAAGAUAAGAUUACAGUUGUGAAAAUCGAUACUGAAAAGUACCCAAAGGUUGCCAACAAAUACCAGGUUGAGGCUUUACCUACAUUCAUCUUAUUCAAAGACGGGAAACUCUGGGACCGUUUUGAGGGUGCCUUGCCAGCGAACCAACUUGUGGAACGGAUCGAGACUUCAUUGCAAGUGAAGCAAUAGAUAUGAUAAACAAAGAAAACUUGUCAUUUCAUGAACAAACAAUCCGUUGUAACAAUACGUUCAUUGUUGAUUGCUACCUAUUCAAUAUAUGGCAUUAGCCAUUUGAGA